AUGACUGCGGCGGUAAAAGCAGCAGUGGUAACAAGUAUCCCGGUAUGUUCCAAGAAGCUCUGUCUUGAGAACCAACGACUACUGACAUACCGUGAAGCAAAACUACAUGCGCGUAAGGUCGUCAAAGAGCUCGGCGUUACUGAUGGACUCAUCUAUCUUCCCGGCGAGCCUACACGCCUCUAUGAGGACUCAGACCAGUCGCCUCCUUUCAAGCAACGCAGAUACUUCUACUACAUGACUGGCGUUGACUUUCCCGACUGUGCCGUUACUUACGAAAUCGCCAUGGAUCGUCUCACCCUCUGGAUCCCUUACGCUGAGCCGCGACAGGUCUUGUAUCAUGGUCCAACUCCUGACGCAGCAGAGGCUAUGCGCAAAUACGACGUCGAUGAUGUUCGAUAUACUGCUCAGCUGUCCAAAUUCCUUCAUGGCCAACUUCGUCCUGAGAAGACUCUCUACGUCCUUCAUUCUGAUCAGGCUCCUAAGUUAACUGAUCGACCACGUGGACAGACUCAGAUCAACUGCUCCAAGCUGCGACCUGCCAUGGAUGAGGCCCGUGUAAUCAAGACGGAAUAUGAAGUUGCACUCAUCCGUCGCGCUUCACGUAUCUCUGCCGCUGCUCAUCGUGCUGUGGCUGAACGUCUCCUUACUAUGCGCAAUGAGCAAGAUGUCGAGGCGGUUCUCCUUGCCGCCUGUACUUCACGUGGUGCUCACGCCCAGGCCUAUCCUAUUAUUGCUGGCGCUGGUGUCAAUGCUUCGAUUCUACAUUACGGAGCCAACAACCAGCCUCUUGAGGGCAAGCAACUGAUCGUUGUCGAUGCUGGUUGUGAGUACCAAUGUUACGCCAGCGACAUCACCCGUACUCUCCCUGUCAGUGGUUCCUUUUCUAAGGAAGCCUCUGCUAUCUAUUCUAUUGUGCAGCGCAUGCAGGAAGAGUGCUUAGCACGUGUUCGACCCGGCACUGUUUACUACGAACUUCAGCUUCAUGCCAGCGAUGUGGCUCUCCAAGGCCUGCGCAAGUUGGGUCUUCUGAAGGGCAACUUUGAGGAGAUUCAAAAGGCGGGAACUGUCGCUGCUUUCUUCCCCCACGGUCUCGGCCAUCAUGUUGGUCUUGAGGUCCAUGAUGUCACUGGCUAUGAGCGUCUCUUGAUGAGAGAUAACUUCCACGUCGAAGGUGGUAAGCGUGAGAUGGUAACUGCUACGGCUUUGGUGGCCAUGCAUCGUAUGGCUUCGUCUUCCCCGCCCACAAAGCCAAGACAGGCUCUUCAACCCAAUAUGAUUGUGACAAUUGAGCCAGGAAUCUACUUCUGCCGUCCUUUUAUUGAGGGAUACUUCCUGAACAACCCGUCACAUGCCAAGUUCAUUAACAAAGACCUUCUCGAGACAUACUAUCCAGUUGGUGGUGUUCGCAUCGAAGAUGACAUCCUCGUCACACCCGGUGGCUAUGAGAACUUGACCUCUGCUGCCCCCAAGGGCGACGAGAUGCUUGAUGUGAUCAACGGCAGCUUUGAGAAGAUUUGA